UCUUUGAUUGGCAGAAGGCAUCUCAAAAUGUUGUGUCGAGCUGCUCUGAGCCCUCUUGCCUGUUCCCCUGGAUGGUACUUUGUGUCAUCGUCACGUGGCGUUGCAGCCAUUUCCCGUUUGUAUCUCCCUCGCCAUACCCUGAGAUCAAGAAAUGAAUCCAUCCGUUGUUGGAGCAACAUCCCAUUUAUCACCAUGCCACUCAGCCGAGCACAUGGCAAAUCAUUUGCCCACCGCAGUGAGCUGAAACAUGCCAAGCGGAUUGUAGUGAAGCUGGGCAGUGCUGUUGUGACUCGAGGAGAUGAAUGUGGCUUGGCUCUUGGGAGGCUGGCAUCCAUUGUGGAGCAGGUGUCAAUGCUGCAGAAUCAGGGCCGAGAAAUGAUGAUUGUCACCAGUGGAGCUGUAGCUUUUGGAAAACAGCGAUUGCGUCAUGAGAUCUUGCUUUCUCAGAGUGUGAGGCAAGCACUUCAUUCAGGCCAGAGCCAGCUAAAGGAUAUGGCUAUUCCAGUCUUGGAGGCUAGAGCCUGUGCAGCAGCUGGCCAGAGUGGACUCAUGGCCCUGUAUGAAGCCAUGUUUACGCAAUAUAGCAUCUGUGCAGCUCAAAUUUUAGUUACCAACCUGGAUUUUCAUGAUGAACAGAAGCGUCGGAACUUAAAUGGAACAUUGCAUGAACUUCUAAGAAUGAAUAUCGUCCCUAUAAUUAACACUAAUGAUGCUGUUGUUCCACCUCCAGAGCCAAACAGUGAUCUGCAGGGGGUAAAUGUGAUUAGCGUGAAGGAUAAUGAUAGUUUGGCAGCACGCCUGGCUGUGGAAAUGAAGACUGACCUCCUGAUUGUUCUCUCAGAUGUAGAAGGACUCUUUGACAGCCCUCCAGGAUCUGAUGAUGCAAAACUCAUUGACAUAUUCUACCCGGGAGACCAGCAGUCUGUGACAUUUGGUACGAAAUCCAGAGUAGGAAUGGGAGGCAUGGAAGCCAAGGUGAAAGCAGCUCUGUGGGCCCUCCAAGGAGGCACCUCUGUAGUUAUUGCAAACGGAACCCACCCGAAGAUCUCUGGUCAUGUCAUCACAGAUAUUGUAGAUGGAAAAAAAGUUGGCACGUUUUUUUCAGAAGUAAAACCUGCAGGCCCUACAGUGGAGCAGCAGGGUGAAAUGGCUCGAGCUGGUGGCAGGACUCUAGCAGCUUUGCAGCCUGAACAGAGAGCAGAGAUUAUCUAUCGUCUUGCUGAUUUACUAACCGAUCAGAGAGAGGAAAUUCUCUUGGCAAACAAAAAAGACAUGGAAGAGGCUGAAAAUAAAGGAAGAUUGGCACUUCCUUUGUUGAAACGACUGACUCUGUCUACAUCAAAGUUGAACAGUUUGGCUAUUGGGCUGCGUCAAAUUGCAGCGUCCUCACAGGACAGUGUAGGCCGGGUAAUUCGGAGAACACGGAUAGCAAAAGACCUAGAGUUGGAGCAGGUGACUGUGCCUAUUGGUGUACUCCUUGUGAUCUUUGAAUCUCGUCCUGACUGUCUUCCACAGGUGUCUGCUUUGGCUAUAGCCAGUGGAAAUGGAUUACUGCUUAAAGGAGGGAAAGAAGCUGCAUAUAGCAAUCAAAUCCUUCAUCAUCUGGCACAAGAAGCACUCUCCAUUCACGGGGUCAAAGAUGCGGUGCAACUAGUGAACACAAGAGAGGAGGUAGAAGAUCUGUGCCGCUUGGAUAAACUGAUAGAUCUAAUCAUUCCACGUGGCUCAUCCCAGCUAGUGAAGGAUAUCCAGAAAGCCGCUAAGGGAAUCCCAGUGAUGGGACACAGUGAAGGAAUCUGCCAUGUGUAUGUGGACAUGGAUGCCAGCGUUGAGAAGGUCACGAGAAUAAUCAGAGACUCAAAGUGUGAAUACCCUGCUGCCUGUAAUGCUCUGGAAACUCUCUUAAUUCAUCGAGACUUGCUGAGAACCCCAUUGUUUGAUCAAAUCAUAGACAUGCUGAGAAUAGAACAGGUGAAGAUUCAUGCUGGCCCAAAGUUUGCCUCCUAUUUAACGUUCAGCCCCUCAGAAGUGAAAUCUCUCCGCACUGAAUAUGGCGACCUUGAGUGCUGCAUUGAGGUGGUGGACAGCGUCCAAGAGGCUGUUGAACAUAUCCACAAGUACGGAAGUUCUCACACGGAUGUUAUCGUCACAGAGAACGAAAAAACAGCGGAGUUCUUCCUCCAACAUGUGGACAGUGCUUGUGUCUUCUGGAAUGCCAGCACCCGAUUCUCUGAUGGUUAUAGAUUUGGACUUGGUGCUGAAGUUGGAAUUAGCACUUCCCGUAUCCAUGCACGUGGACCAGUAGGAAUUGAAGGACUCUUGACUACAAAAUGGUUGCUGAGAGGGGACAGUCAUGUUGUUUCUGACUUCUCAGAGCAUGGCAGCAUGAAGUAUCUUCACGAGAGCCUCCCUCUCCCACAGAGAAAUACCAGCUAAGAAUAUCUGGUGUAAAACGCAGAAGUCUAAGUGUUUACUGAAAAUGUUCAGGUUUCGGGGGACCCUCUGGGGG